AUGGUGGCACUUAAUAUCAAAGUGGGCCUCUAUAAGACGCCUGUCACUAAUUCAACGGCAAAUAUUGCUUUGUACAAACGCGCCAAUGGAUAUCGACCAUUUUUGUACAAUAAAACCCAUGAUAUUUGUGCUUUCUUUGCCAAUCGCAAGCGUUUUCCCUUUUUCUAUGUGAUGAUGGGUAUAUUUCUGGAAAGAUCCAAUUUGAACCACACAUGCCCUUAUAAUGAUGCGAUCAUGGUCAAGAAUCUUGUCUUGAACGAAGAUAUGUUUCACCUGAUUCCCAUUCCCGAGGGUGAUUACAGGAUAAACGCAAACAUUUAUGCCUACAAUGAUUUAAAGGCCAGUCUUCAAGUUUUUAUAUCAAGAAAGGAUGUUUUUAGCAAGCACAUAUGA